AUGUUGCGACUAGGAAGCCAGGCACUCCGGCGUUUCUCCACCGGCCGGGUGAGUUUAUUUCAAAACAAGCUGAAGUUGGCACUUAUCGGCCAGAGCCUCUUUGGACAGGAAGUCUAUAGCCAUCUCCGGAAGGAGGGCCACCGAGUAGUAGGGGUGUUCACGGUUCCGGAUAAGGAUGGAAAAGCUGAUCCACUGGCUUUGGCUGCAGAGAAGGAUGGGACCCCUGUGUUCAAGUUCUCCCGAUGGAGAGUCAAGGGCAAGACCAUCAAGGAGGUGAUGGAGGCCUACAGAUCUGUGGGUGCCGAGCUAAACGUGCUUCCCUUCUGCACACAGUUCAUCCCCAUGGAUGUAAUCGAUAGCCCCAAGCAUGGCUCCAUCAUUUAUCACCCGUCCAUCUUGCCCAGGCACAGAGGGGCCUCUGCCAUCAACUGGACUUUAAUUAUGGGCGAUAAGAAAGCUGGGUUUUCUGUUUUCUGGGCUGAUGAUGGCUUAGAUACAGGACCUAUCCUUCUUCAGAGAUCAUGUGACGUUGAGCCUAAUGACACAGUGGAUGCACUUUACAAUCGAUUCCUUUUUCCUGAAGGAAUUAAGGCCAUGGUAGAGGCUGUCCAACUCAUAGCUGAUGGAAAAGCUCCUUGUAUUCCCCAGCCAGAAGAGGGGGCAACAUAUGAAGGUAUCCAGAAAAAGGAAAACGCUAAGAUUUCUUGGGAUCAGCCUGCCGAAGUCUUGCAUAACUGGAUUAGAGGUCAUGAUAAAGUCCCUGGAGCCUGGACAGAGAUAAAUGGACAGAUGGUCACUUUCUACGGCUCGUCAUUACUGAAUAGUUCUGUGCCUUCCGGAGAGCCACUGGAAAUUGCAGGUGCCAAGGAGCCUGGCCUUGUUACCAAAAGCGGUCUUGUGCUUUUUGGUAACGAUGGGAAAGCACUGAUGGUGAGAAGUCUGCAGUUUGAAGAUGGGAAAAUGAUUCCAGCCUCGCAGUACUUUUCGGCGGGUGAGACACCUGUGGUAGAACUUACAGCCGAAGAGACGAAGGUGGCUGAGACCAUCAAGGUCAUCUGGGCUGGGAUUUUAAGCAAUGUCCCUGUUAUCGAAGACUCCACAGACUUCUUUAAGUCUGGAGCAAACUCUAUGGAUGUCGUGAGGCUGGUUGAAGAGAUCAGACAAAAGUGUGGUGGACUUCAGUUACAGAAUGAAGAUGUCUAUAUGGCUACCAGGUUUGAAGACUUCAUUCAAAAGGUUGUGAGAAAACUGAGAGGAGAGGACCAAGAGGAGGAGCUGGUAGUAGAUUACGUUUUGAAGGAGGUCAAUGACAUGACGAUAAGAAUGCCUUCUCAGUGUUUCAUAAAUGGACAGUUUGUGGACGCAGAUGAUGGAAAGACGUAUGACACCAUCAACCCAGCAGAUGGAUCUACAAUCUGCAAAGUGUCCUACGCUUCUUUGGUGGAUGUUGACAAGGCAGUAGCCGCAGCCAAGGAUGCCUUUGAGCACGGCGAGUGGGGAAGAAUGAACGCCCGAGAGAGAGGAAGGCUGAUGUACAGGCUUGCAGACCUACUGGAAGAAAACCAAGAAGAGCUGGCCACCAUUGAAGCCCUUGACUCAGGGGCUGUCUAUACCUUGGCUCUGAAGACUCACAUUGGAAUGUCUGUGCAAACACUCAGAUACUUUGCUGGCUGGUGUGACAAAAUUCAGGGCUCGACAAUUCCGAUCAACCAGGCCCGUCCAAAUCGCAACCUGACCUUCACCAAGAAGGAGCCCCUGGGCGUCUGUGCCAUCAUCAUUCCCUGGAACUAUCCGCUGAUGAUGCUGGCGUGGAAGAGUGCAGCGUGUCUGGCGGCAGGCAACACCUUGGUGUUGAAGCCAGCUCAGGUCACACCCUUGACUGCUUUGAAGUUUGCAGAGCUGUCUGUGAAAGCAGGCUUUCCCAAGGGGGUAAUCAACAUCAUCCCAGGCUCAGGGGGCGUUGCAGGACAGCACCUUUCUGAGCACCCUGAUAUCCGCAAACUCGGUUUCACUGGCUCCACUGCUAUUGGCAAACAGAUCAUGAAGAGCUGUGCUGUGAGCAACUUGAAGAAAGUCUCCCUUGAGCUUGGCGGCAAGUCCCCACUUAUAAUAUUCAAUGACUGUGAACUUGACAAGGCUGUGCGAAUGGGCAUGGGCGCAGUGUUUUUCAACAAAGGAGAGAACUGUAUUGCAGCUGGGCGAUUGUUUGUGGAAGAAUCCAUCCACGAUGAGUUUGUGACAAGAGUGGUUGAAGAAAUUAAAAAGAUGAAAAUCGGUGAUCCACUUGACAGAUCUACUGACCAUGGGCCCCAAAACCAUAAGGCCCACCUGGAAAAACUGCUGCAAUACUGUGACACUGGAGUGAAGGAAGGGGCCACUUUGGUGUAUGGGGGACGACAAGUCCAAAGGCCAGGCUUUUUUAUGGAGCCAACUGUGUUCACAGAUGUGGAAGACCACAUGUACCUUGCCAAAGAGGAAUCCUUUGGGCCUAUUAUGGUCAUUUCUAAAUUCCAAAAUGGGGACAUCGAUGGAGUGUUGCAGCGAGCUAACAAUACAGAGUAUGGUUUGGCCUCAGGGGUUUUCACAAGAGACAUAAACAAAGCUAUGUAUGUGAGUGAAAAACUAGAAGCAGGAACUGUUUUCAUCAACACAUACAACAAGACAGAUGUGGCAGCACCAUUUGGUGGAAUAAAACAAUCAGGCUUUGGAAAAGACUUGGGUGAGGAAGCUCUCAACGAGUAUCUCAAAACCAAGACUGUGACACUGGAGUAUUAGAGCAAUGCCAUCACCAGGAAACCCUUGGCAGAGAGCAUGACUUCUCAACUCUAUAUACUGAAGAAACCCGGAUGUGCUGACGAAAGGGGAACCAGCCAUGAGCCAAAAAAUACACACCUGGACCAAGAAGAGGGUCAGGCCACUUGUCUGAGCAUUUACACAUGUGCCUGAAUAUUUAUUUUCUAAUGCACCUUUUGUACCUUAAAAUGAUUUGCAUUUGAUGGGUUUUGAGUACAUUUGAUAUCAUACACAUUUGUAAAACACCAACGUGCUUUUUCCCUAGCAAGACUCAUCUAUUCAUGGUCAUCCACUGUGAAAACAUCCGUAUCAUGCAGCUGCAAUGACAAGGUGCCCUGGAAUCUCUGUAUAUGUACAGGCUUUAACCUCUGAACCAUACAUGUGGAUUAUUGAAAGAUUUUCUAUAAUUUUGCUUUUAAGAAAUUAUGCAUCCUAUAAGGAAUGUGAAGGUAGUUCUGUUCUUUUCAUGUUUGGAAUAAGAUACAUCUUUGUGCCUUUGAUGUUCCCUUUUUUUAACACACUGUGAUGGGUGACCAGCCCACAAACAUGUCUUGAAUUAUCUACCCACUAGGUACAAGGUACUAUACUAUGUUCUGAGGAGCAUACAAAACUUAAUGACAUGGCAGUUGGCCUCACAUAGCUUGAAUUCUAGUAAGCAGCUUUUAAAGGGAAAUUUACAAUGAGAUAGACUAGAAAAUACGUAUACCUUGAUGGCUGAACUUGGUUCAUAUCAUACCACUUCCUAUGUGUGACUUUGGGAAACAUGCAACUUCUCUGAGCCUCAGCUUCCUUGCAUGUAAAACAGGGCUCAAGAUGGUUG